AUACGCCGAUUUGGACGGCGUACAAAACUGUUGUUCUUUUCCGGACGAGCCUGUACCGAAGUGCCUGGACUGACGUUCCGAACAUGCCGGCGCACUGAGACACUUCAAUCCAUCACAAACCUUGAAUCUGCCGUUGGCUCAAAACAAGGACCUAUACUAAUGUCCUGUCUGAAGCCUACUAUGGUGCUCUCAUUCUAGUUCUCUCGAGCUUCGUGUCUGCAGUGUGCGGAAUUCGCGCUGGUUUCUGCUCUAGCAGCACCUAAAACAAUGGCAACAAACGCGCAGGAUUCCGCGCGCACAAUAGACGCUGAGUCGUCUCAUAACACGGAUGACGAACCUGCUGAUUCGCUCGGCAGCCGCAAUGCGAAAAUGGUGGCGGAGGGUGCCGUGCUUCUCCGGGAGCUGCAAGCUGUGCUGCAAUCCGACCCUCAUAUCGAUGAAUACGCCAUCCUGCCCGCCCUACCACGGACCUCCAACAGUGAGGAGAUGACUUUUGAGUCGACUCAAAAGACACAGACCUCCCCCUCGUCCUCCCCCUCCCCCUCCUCUCCCUCCUCCUCCUCCUCCUCCUCCUUCUACCUCAACGGCCACAAGCUCGCCAUUGCCAUGCCAGCUGAGGCAUCGGCUUUUCCCCUCCUACCCCCACUCUCCUUCUCCAUACCCGUCUGAUCGACCCUUAGCCCACCCAUGGCCCACACACCCAUCCAAUCCAACCCUCUCCUCCACACUCUCACACACCACCUGCAGCAUCCCCACUCCUCCUCCUCACUCUCUCACACACCCUCCCCCCGAGCCUGCGGGAGCAUUUCCCAAGCCUGAGGACGAGGCUCGGCUGCAGGCUGAGCUGGCGCUGACAGGUGUCGUGCUGUCCUUCUUUGGGAAGAGCACCGAUGCUUGGGCUCA